AAGGCCAUAGUGAACCCGAUGGACAUCCAGACGUCCAGCGCCGUGGUGUGGACCUGCCUGAAGGCUGUGGCCAUCUGGGUCAUCUCCAUCCUCCUCGCUGUUCCGGAGGCCAUUUUCUCACAGGUCGUCUCCAUGCAGGGUCACAGGGACAGCGGUAAUGUGACCUUUGUGAACUGCGUCCCGUACCCGCUGUCCAAUCAGAUGCAUCCGAAGAUCCACUCGGUGAUGAUCUUCCUGGUUUACUUCCUGAUUCCGCUGGUCAUCAUCUCUGUCUACUACUACCACAUCGCACGCACGCUCAUCCGGAGCGCGCACGACAUGCCGGGAGAGGCCAGCGAGCACUCCAGGAGACAGAUGGAAACCAGGAAGCGCUUGGCGAAGAUUGUGCUGGUGUUCGUGGGCCUGUUCGCCCUCUGCUGGUUCCCUAACCACGUUCUGUACAUGUACCGCUCCUUCCACUACCACCAGAUGGACCUGUCGCUGGCCCACCUGCUCAUCACGCUGUUGGCCCGCGUCCUCAGCUUUUCCUCCUCCUGCGUCAACCCCUUCGCCCUUUACCUGCUGAGCGAGAGCUUCCGCCGCCACUUCAACAGUCAGCUGCGGUGUGGCCGCGGGCUGCGCCCGGAACGCCAGGCCAGCUACCUGCAGAGCACCUCCCACAUCCGCCUCACCUCUAUCAAGAAGACCUCGGCCACUGCUGUCCUGGUCCCCGCCGCCAACGGCAACUCCAACAAACAAGAGGUGGCGCUGUGA